CCUCCUUGUUCGUCCCGUUGUGGUGUUGUAAAAAAGACGCUCCGAAUAUUUGCAUUUUUAAAGCUUACGAUGGCCGUAUAGGCCUACUACACAGCAAAGGAAAGAUAUAUGGCUGUUUCCUUUAAAAAGAAGUGAAGGUUUUGGUAUAUUUAGCAGUCGAACAGACUGUAAUUUACAAACGACUAUCUUUGGGUUGCUGGUGCUUGGCAGCCAUCUUGGUCUAUCAAAGUAGAUUGUAGCUACAGAAUCGUCAAAUACUUCAACAGACAUUAUGGCACAACUCGAUGAAAACCGCAAAUGGACUCAAGAUGAAAUCAUAAACAAUACAAAAAAUGUCGUACGUGGUCUAGAAACGCUAAAAAGUGAACAUUCUUCGCUCUUGUCGACGUUGUCGAGUUUGCAAGACAACAAAACCUCGGAGAUCGAAGAGGCGAAAGCAGGACUGGUCCAGGAAUCGCUUGAGAAGUUGGAGUUAGGUUUAGGCGAGGCUCAGGUUUUAAUGUCAUUGUGCAGCCAUCUUAGUACAGUAGAAGCUGAAAAGCAAAAGUUAAGAGCCCAGGUUAGAAGAUUAUGUCAAGAAAAUGCAUGGUUAAGAGAAGAGCUCUCUGUUACGCAGCAAAAACUCCAAGAAAGUGAGCAAAAAGUUGCCCAACUAGAAGAAGAAAAGAAACAUCUGGAGUUUAUGAACUCAAUAAAGAAAUAUGAUGAUGACAAGCAUGAUGAGGGUAUAGAAAACGAUCUCAGUAGCGAUGUGGCUUCGCAAGAUGAAGAUGAAGGCGAUGUUGAUGGUAAGUUUACAAUUAAGAUUGGACUUUCUGCUUCUUUUCUGUUCAAAAUAGUCAUACUUAAUUAUGCAAAGCAACAAGCAGACACACUAACAUCAUUAUUUAAUAUAGUUCAUCCUGCAGUAAAUCUCCCAAAAUCUGUUCUGGGAGAUAUUAUAAACUUUCUUAUGUAUCCCAUUCGGCAUGUCGUGGAAGAUGACGAAGGCAUGAAGGAGUUUUUUGAGACUGUCACAUCUGAAGGGCCYGUUUCAGAAACAGAUUUGUCUGUCAUAUCUGGAAUCAUUUGUAACCAACAUGAUAAGUUGACUGAAAAGAUGGAAGCUGUCGAAGAAACAAUGGGAAAAAAUGAUUUUUGUUCUUUUUACCUUCAUUGCAGAGACCAGAACAAGUACAAAGAGGCUGCUAAUCUGCUCCAUGAUGCCCUCACAAUAAGAGAAAAGACACUUGGUGAAGAUCAUCCAGCGGUUGCCGCCACCUUAAACAACCUCGCAGUAUUGUAUGGCAAACGUGGCAAAUACAAGGACGCUGAGCCACUGUGCAAGAGAGCUCUUGAAAUUCGAGAAAAAGUACUUGGAAAAGACCAUCCAGACGUGGCUAAACAACUCAACAACUUAGCUUUACUCUGUCAAAACCAAGGCAAAUAUGACGAGGUUGAGCAAUAUUACCAGCGUGCGCUUGAGAUCUACACUACAAAGCUGGGCCCUGAUGAUCCUAAUGUCGCCAAAACUAAAAAUAAUCUGGCUUCAGCAUACUUAAAACAAGGCAAGUACAAAGCUGCCGAAACGCUCUACAAACAGGUUCUAACAAGAGCGCAUGAGCGUGAGUUUGGGACUUCUGGAGAGCUCGACGACGACGGAAAACGUGGAAAAGACAACGCCCCUUACGGAGAGUACGGUGGCUGGCAUAAAGCAGCUAAAGUCGAUAGUCCCACAGUGACAACAACGCUAAGAAACCUAGGAGCYCUUUACCGUAGACAAGGGAAAUUUGAGGCUGCUGAAACACUGGAGGAUUGUGCACUUCGAUCUCGUCAAAGUGUAAAUGCUUUUGACGCAGUACGGCAGACCAAAGUUGCACAGCUUCUUGCAGAGGAUGCCGGCUCCUACCCAAGCAGUCUAUCCGCCUCMAAUUCCUCACUGAACAGCAGUGGGAACGUGAGCACCAAGAGCCUUAAUGAAGACAAAGACGAUGACAGAAAAAAUGGAAAACGGGAGAAAACCUUCUCUCGCCUHAAACGCACACUCAGCAGUCGCGGUCAAAGAUUGAUGGAAAAAAUGGGUGCGUCUGGUACUAGACUMCAGCGUUCGUCCUCACGGGACAACUUGGCWCAACAUGCAAAGCUMUCACCAUCGUCUCGUAUCUCUAGAAGCACACCGAUGCUUGCACAACCGAUGUCCGACCAAUUGAUGGAACGAGAUCGGUCCAAUAGUGUCAGUCGAGCAUCAAGAUCGAUAUUUGACUGAUUUGGGAAAUAAUGUAAUUAUAAAAGUCUAAAAAUGUUUAAAAUUGCAACUAUUUGAUGACAUAGUAUUUAUUUAUGAAUAGUUUAAAGGAAAAGAUAUAUAAUGGCACGGCAUGUUUCUAGCUUGGGGGAUUGUCUAAAGGUGUUUUUAUAUYAUUCACUUUUGCACUUGUAAUGUUAUCGUAGUUGUGAGAUGUUGGAAUGCUUUGUKGGGAAUAUAAUCACCCUAUUCUAUAUUUAUCAAAAUUUAUAUAAUGGAGCUUAAAGAUUGAUUGUGAUCAAUCACUCCAUCAMAAAUUGUUAAGGAUGUUCAAACAACGCUAAUUAUGCUAAUAUGCAUGAUACAUAACCUGUUACAAAUAACAAUAUAAACCUAUAAACGUUUAAAGUCUUAACAUUUAACCUUCCGGUUGCUGUAUCCUUCAUGUUGUUGUUGUUUAUUUUUGCAACGUUCACAUCCAUUUAUUGAACCAAUAAAUACUUGAUUUAUCAA